AUGCUGCUUGGAGCAGUCCGGUUCCAGCACCAGAAGGCGGCCUCAAUCAGCGAAGAGCUUCAGCAGGCGCAAGAAGACUCAGCGCCGGAGUCGCUCGAGACAAAGGUGAAGAACGUCUCAGAUGAGGAUGUUGCAAAGUUCUUUCGCGAGCAUCAGAUUCACGUGCAAGGCCUGCAAGAUCCUAAAAUUCAGAAGCCCAUUCUAGACUUUAGUCAAAUUCAGUUUCCACCCAAACUGCAAGCACUGAUGGACCAGUAUAAGUAUUCAAGUCCAACGCCGAUUCAGGCGCAAUCGUUGCCCAUUCUUCUUUCUGGUCGUGAUUUGAUUGGAAUUGCACAAACUGGUUCUGGAAAGACACUGGCAUUCCUUCUGCCUGCAUUCAAAAAGUUUUUCUCCAUUCAUCGUGACUACUUUUCCAGUAAUCGUGAUGAAGAGUACAGCGAGGAGAAGCUCUCACAACCGUCCAAGCGACUUAAUCCUAAGGUGCUGGUGCUGGCGCCCACUCGAGAGCUUGCGCUGCAAAUCUUCGACGUUGUGAGACAAUUCCGCAUGUUCAAGACCGUCUGUCUCUACGGUGGCAGUGAUCGUAGAAAGCAGGUAGUCUUCCUUGAAAAUCAAACUCCGCUGAUUGUGGUGUCCACACCAGGCCGACUGAAGGAUCUGCUCGACUCGAACUGCCUCAGUCUGAAAGAGAUUGAGUAUCUUGUUGUCGACGAGGCCGACCGCAUGCUGGACAUGGGCUUUGAGCCGCAGAUCUCCUACCUCAUCAACCAGUGCCCUAAAGAGCGUCAGACGAUGAUGUUCUCCGCCAGCUGGCCGGACGAGGUGAAGUCGCUGGUGCACCGGUACCUGCGACCGAAUCACGCCUUUCUCUCCAUUGGCGGCACCAAGCUGGUGGCCAAUCACAACAUUGAGCAGCACGUCACGGUGUGUGCGCCCAAUGAACGAGACCAGCAGCUGGGUGAGGUGCUGCGGAAUCACCCCGAUGAGAGGGUGCUGGUGUUUGCCAACACCAAGGCCGGCUGCGACCGAGUAGCCCGAAUGGUGCAGCGGUCCACCCGGACGCGAGCUUUUCCUCUGCACGGCGACAUGACGCAGAAUCAACGGGAGCGGACACUUCAAGAUUUCAAGUCGGACCGCAUCAAGGUGCUGGUGGCGACGAAUGUCGCCGCUCGUGGCCUGGACAUUGACGACGUCAGUGUGGUGGUCAACUACGACAUGCCCGAUGACAUUGAGACGUACGUGCAUCGAAUUGGCCGAACUGGUCGCAAGCAGAACAAGGGCCACUCGUACUCCUUCUUCAUCGACAACGAGAAGACCACUCUGGCGAAGAAACUGGUGGAGAUUAUGGAGGAGUCGAGGAAUGAGGUGCCCGAUGAGCUGCGGGAGAUUGCGGAGAGCAGCAGCUACCGAGAUAACUACAACACCAAGUACAAGAAGAGGAAUAACAACAACAACAAUUUCUUCAGUAACAACUACAAUAACAACAGGAACUACGGUGACAACUACAACAGCAGAUACGGCAACAAGCAAAACCGUUACGACCGAAACGGCGGCGGCGAAAAUAGUCGGUUCUACGGAAAUCGUCGGUAUUAA